AGAAUUCCCCCUCCUACUUCACAAUCACAACUUGAAAGAAUGGAUGUUCUUUCUCAAAAAAUUUGCCCUCAAAUAGACGGAAUUCGUUGUGUUAAAGAUAUUGCUUGUGUUGUUAGAAUUGACACUGAUCUAGUUGCUCGUUGUAUUCGAAAUUUAUGUUUUUAUGGAUGUAUUCGUUUACUACCAAUGUUUUUAUAUUUUAAUUGUUAUGUUCCAACUAAAAAGAUUAGAUAUUUUAUUGAAAGUCCGGGAAUUGUUGAGCGUUGCCAACGUUUUUCUAUUCUCGAUUCGAAUGCACCAAUUACUAGACCCUCAGAUAUUUUUAGACUUUAUUUGGGACUUAAACAUGGAGCUACUUUACAUAAUUGGUUUUUAUUAAUGUCCCCAAGGCAAUUAAAUAUUGACGAAAGGAAAUUAAUUCAAUUUGGGGUUUAUCAUGGAUUUAUACGAAAAUUAAAUAUAUAUCCUGUUGCACUGCAUGAGGAUGGAACUAAGUAA